GUAAUAGGAAACACAAGACCUUUCAAGAGAGGCCUUUUGUUCUCAGCCUUGUCUUAUUUGAGUUUUGAAACCUAUCAAGUCAUUUCUCAGGCUGCCGUGGUUCAUGCCACAGCCAAAGUUGAAGAAGUACUUGAGCAAGCAGACUACCUAUAUGAAAGUGGAGAAACAGAGAAGCUUUAUCAGUUGCUCAUACAAUACAAGGAAAGUGAAGAUGCAGAGUUACUGUGGCGGUUGGCACGAGCAUCACGUGACAUAGCACAGCUUAGUAGGACUUCAGAAGAAGAAAAAAAAGUUUUGGUGUAUGAAGCCCUAGAUUAUGCAAAAAGAGCACUAGAGAAAAAUGAAUCAAGUUUUGCUGCUCAUAAGUGGUAUGCAAUCUGCAUUAGUGAUGUUGGAGACUAUGAAGGCAUCAAGGUUAAGAUUGCAAAUGCCUACAUUAUCAAGGAACAUUUUGAGAAAGCAAUUGAACUGAACCCUAAAGAUGCUACUUCAAUUCACCUUAUGGGUAUUUGGUGCUAUACAUUUGCUGAAAUGCCUUGGUAUCAAAGAAGAAUUGCUAAAGUGCUGUUUGCAAAUCCUCCUAGUUCCACCUAUGAGGAGGCCUUGAAAUACUUUCACAGGGCAGAACAAGUGGAUCCAAACUUCUACAGCAAAAACUUGCUGCUGUUAGGAAAGACAUACUUGAAGCUAAACAACAAAAAGCUUGCUGCUUUCUGGCUGGUAAAAGCCAAGGGUUAUCCAGCACACACAGAAGAAGAUAAACAGAUACAGACAGAAGCUGCUCAGUUGCUUACAGGUUUGUGACAGAACUGAGAACUUUAUGGAGAAGGCAACAAUGUACCUAACACUUUACAUUUCAUUGAUUUAUAAAGAUAUAUAUAUUAACCAUGA